AUGACAUCAGCGACCGAGGAUAUUCAACCAGCGCCGAUAGCACCAGGCGAUCACGCGGGGUACCUCCAAUAUGCGCUUUCUCUGGCAAAGCAGUCGCCGCCAAAGCCUACAAAUUACAGAGUCGGGGCGGCGCUUGUCAAUCCCGCCAGCAACACGGUUGUCUCAACGGGUUACACGCUGGAGCUGCCCGGUAACACGCAUGCCGAGCAAUGUUGCUUCAUAAAGCUAGCCGAACAGCACGACGUUACCGAGGACGAGCUCGGCUCCGUCAUCAAGACGCCUCUGGUGCUCUACACGACCAUGGAACCGUGUUCGACGAGGCUCAGCGGGAACUUGCCCUGCACCAAGAGGAUUCUUCAGCUGCGAUCUUUUAUCAAGACCGUGUACGUCGGUGUUCAGGAACCCGAAAAGUUCGUCCAGGACAAUACCGGGCGGGGCGCGCUCGAGAGGGCGGGUGUCGAUUUUGUCCACAUCAAAGGGCUUGAAGGCGAGAUUCUCAAGGUGGCUACAGCUGGCCACGUCAAAAACACAGAAUAG